AUGGAACAAAAAAAUAACUCUGAUCAUGUGUUAAAUACUGUAAGAUCGAUUGUUUACCAUUUAAAUGAUGUCAACUGGGUUAAGAUGACACAAAAAAUUAUGGCUUUGCCAAUAAAUAAUGUUAAACUACUCGAUGACAUAACAAAUAUAAUAUUUGAUCGAGCUUUAAAAAGACAAAAUUAUACACACAUAUACGCUCAGAUGUGUGCACGUUUGAUCAAUGACUCCAAGUUUAAUAAUCUUAUUGCUACCGGUACUGAAAUAACAUUUCAAAAAGUGUUAUUAAAAAAGGUACCGAAGAAGUGUUUAUCCGGCGUUUUAAAUAAUUUUUUAUUCGAUUUCCAGAAAAGAUCCAUAUGCAAUUGCAGAUUUAUUGGCGUACUGUUUAAAAACGGCGCGUUCCCAGAAAAGUAUAUACUGAAGUGCAUUGGAGAUUUAGGUAAAGAGAAGAAUGACAACAACUAUGAACUACAAAUGCACUGUUUGUGUAUAAUAUUACAAUCAGUUGGGCUAAUAUUAUCAAAAACGUCAUAUGAUUUGAACAAAAAAAUCAAUAAACUUGUAUCGUCUAUGGAAAACCAUGGGAUGUCAUCGACAUUAAAAUGUUUGAUAAAGAAACUAAAAAUAAUGAAUUCCAAGGGUUGGAUGGAUGAGGGUAAUUGUUUUUAG